GGGGAUGGCACUGGGAUGGAACCACAAUGGCGUUGGGAUGGAACCACAACAGUGUUGGGAUGGAACUGGGAUGGAAACACAACGGUGUUGGGAUGGCAUUGGGAUGGCAUUGGGAUGGCACCGAAAUGGGACCGGAAUAACACAGGGGUGGCAUUGGGAUGGCACCACAAUGGUGUUGGGAUGGCAUUGGGAUGGCACCACAACAGUGUUGGAAUGGCAUUGGGAUGGCAUUGGGAUGGCACCGAAAUGGCGUUGGGAUGGAACUGGGAUGGAAACACAACGGUGUUGGGAUGGCACUGGGAUGGCAUUGGGAUGGCACCACAAUGGUGUUGGGAUGGCAUUGGGAUGGCACCACAACAGUGUUGGAAUGGCAUUGGGAUGGCAUUGGGAUGGCACCGAAAUGGCGUUGGGAUGGAACUGGGAUGGAAACACAACGGUGUUGGGAUGGCACUGGGAUGGCAUUGGGAUGGCACCACAAUGGUGUUGGGAUGGCAUUGGGAUGGAAACACAACGGUGUUGGGAUGGCACUGGGAUGGCAUUGGGAUGGCACCACAAUGGUGUUGGGAUGGAACUGGGAUGGAAACACAACGGUGUUGGGAUGGCAUUGGGAUGGCACCAAAAUGGGACCGGAAUAACACAGGGAUGGCACUGGGAUGGAAACACAAUGGCGUUGGGAUGGCAUUGGGAUGGCACCACAAUGGUGUUGGGAUGGCAUUGGGAUGGCACCAAAAUGGGACCAGAAUAACAUGGGGAUGGCAUUGGGAUGGCACCACAAUGGUGUUGGGAUGGCACCGGGAUGAUAUUGGGAUGGCACCAAAAUGGGACCGGAAUAACACAGGGGUGGCACUGGGAUGGCACCACAAUGGCGUUGGGAUGGCAUUGGGAUGGCACCGAAAUGGGACCAGAAUAACAUGGGGAUGGCACUGGGAUGGCACCACAAUGGUGUUGGGAUGGCACUGGGAUGGAAACACAACGGUGUUGGGAUGGCAUUGGGAUGGCACCGAAAUGGGACCGGAAUAACACAGGGAUGGCACUGGGAUGGAAACACAAUGGCGUUGGGAUGGAACCACAACAGUGUUGGGAUGGCACUGGGAUGGCAUUGGGAUGACACCACAAUGGUGUUGGGAUGGAACUGGGAUGGAAACACAACGGUGUUGGGAUGGCAUUGGGAUGGCACCGAAAUGGGACCGGAAUAACACAGGGAUGGCACUGGGAUGGAAACACAAUGGCGUUGGGAUGGAACUGGGAUGGCACCGAAAUGGGACCGGAAUAACACAGGGGUGGCAUUGGGAUGGCACCACAAUGGUGUUGGGAUGGAACUGGGAUGGCAUUGGGAUGGCACCACAAUGGUGUUGGGAUGGAACUGGGAUGGCACCAAAAUGGGACCAGAAUAACAUGGGGAUGGCACUGGGAUGGCACCACAAUGGUGUUGGGAUGGCACCGGGAUGAUAUUGGGAUGGCACCAAAAUGGGACCGGAAUAACACAGGGGUGGCACUGGGAUGGCACCACAAUGGUGUUGGGAUGGCACUGGGAUGGAAACACAAUGGUGUUGGGAUGGCAUUGGGAUGGCACCAAAAUGGGACCAAAAUGGUGCCAGGAUAAGAAUGGCAUUGGGGUGGCACCGCAAUGGCACUGGGAUGGCACCAGUACCAAAAUGGGACCACAGGAGCGGUCCCACUGGGAUGGAAGUGGGGGGUACUGAGAUGGCACCCAAAUGGCACCCAAAUGGCAUCAGAGUCACACAGGGGUGGCACCAAAUGGUGCCAAAAUGGUGCCGGAAUAACACAGGGAUGGCACCGCACCAACAGCACAAUGGCACUGGGAUGGCACUGGGAUGGCACUGGGAUGGCAUUGGGUUGCCACGUCCCUCAUGUGUCCCCAGGGUGUCCCCAUCGCAUCCUCAGUGUGUCCACACUGUGUCCCUCAUGGGUCCCCAAUGUGUCCCCAAUAUGUCUCCAAUGUGUCCCCAGUAUGUGCCCUAUAUGUCCCCAAUGUGUCCCCAGUAUGUGCCCCAUAUGUCCCCAAUGUGUCCCCAUCGCAUCCUCAGUGUGUCCACACGGUGUCCCUCAUGGGUCCCCAAUGUGUCCCCAAUAUGUCCCCAACACUGUCCCCAGGGUGUCCCCAUCGCAUCCUCAAUGUGCCCACACUGUGUCCCUCAUGGGUUCCCAAUGUGUCCCCAAUGUGUCCCCAGUAUGUGCCCCAUAUGUCCCCAAUGUGUCCCCAUCACAUCCUCAGUGUGUCCACACUGUGUCUCUCAUGGGUCCCCAAUAUGUCCCCAGUUUGUCCUCAAUGAGUCCCCAAUAUGUGCCCCAUAUGUCCCCAGGGUGUCCCCAUCGCAUCCUCACGUGUCCACACGGUGUCCCUCAUGGGUCCCCAAUGUGUCCCCAGUGUUGUCCCCAAUGUGUCCCCAAUGUGUCCCCAUCACAUCCUCAAUGUGCCCACACUGUGUCCCUCAUGGGUUCCCAAUGUGUCCCCAAUGUGUCCCCAGUAUGUGCCCCAUAUGUCCCCAAUGUGUCCCCAUCGCAUCCUCAGUGUGUCCACACGGUGUCCCUCAUGGGUCCCCAAUGUGUCCCCAAUAUGUCCCCAGUGUGUCCCCAAUGUGUCCCCAGUAUGUGCCCCAUAUGUCCCCAAUGUGUCCCCAUCACAUCCUCAGUGUGUCCACACUGUGUCCCUCAUGGGUCCCCAAUGUGUCCACACUGUGUCCCCAAUAUGUGCCCCAUAUGUCCCCAAUGUGUCCCCAUCACAUCCUCAGUGUGUCCACACUGUGUCCCUCAUGGGUCCCCAAUGUGUCCCCAGUGUUGUCCCCAAUGUGUCCCCAAUGUGUCCCCAUCACAUCCUCAAUGUGCCCACACUGUGUCCCUCAUGGGUCCCCAAUAUGUCCCCAAUAUGUCCUCAAUGUGUCCCCAAUGUGUCCCCAGUAUGUGCCCCAUAUGUCCCCAAUGUGUCCCCAUCGCAUCCUCAGUGUGUCCACACGGUGUCCCUCAUGGGUCCCCAAUGUGUCCCCAGUGUUGUCCCCAAUGUGUCCCUAGUGUGUCCCCAGUAUGUGCCCCAUAUGUCCCCAAUGUGUCCAUGCUGUGUCCCUCAUGGGUCCCCAAUGUGUCCCCAGUGUGUCCUCAAUGUGUCCCCAAUAUGUGCCCCAUAUGUCCCCAAUGUGUCCCCAUCGCAUCCUCAGUGUGUCCACACUGUGUCCCUCAUGGGUCCCAAAUGUGUCCCCAAUAUGUCCCCAUGGUGUCCCCAUUGUGUCCUCUGUGUGUCCCCAACAUAUCCCCAAUGUGCCCUCGUUAUUUCCCCACUGUGUCCCCAAUGUGUUCCCAGUGUGUCCCCAGUGUGUCUCCAAUUGGUCCCCAAUGUGUCCCCAACAUUUCCCCAACAUCCCUCAAUGUGUCCCCCAUGUGUUCCUAAUGUGUCCCUAACCAUAUCCCCAAUGUGUCCCUAAUAUUACCUCUGUGUGUCCCCAAUAUGUCCCCAACCCCCCCCAAUGUGCCCCCGAUGUGUUCCUGAUGUGUCCCUGAUGGGUCCCCAAUAUGUCCCCAUGGUGUCCCCAUUGUGUCCUCUGUGUGUCCCCAACAUAUCCCCAACGUGUCCCCAAUGUGCCCUCAUUGUUUCCCCAAUAUGUCCCCAAUAUAUCCCCAAUGUGUCCCCACCAUUUCCCCAACACCCCCCCAAUGUGUCCCCAACAUUUCCUCUGUGUGUCCCCAACAUGUCCCCAAUAGGUCCCCAAUAUAUCCCCAAUAUGUCCCCAACACCCCCCCAAUGUGCCCCCCAUGUGUUCCUGAUGUGUCCCCAACAUAUCCCCAAUGUGCCCUCAUUGUGUCCCCAAUAUAUCCCCAAUGUGUCCCUGAUGGGUCCCCAAUAUGUCCCCAUGGUGUCCCCAUUGUGUCCUCUGUGUGUCCCCAACAUAUCCCCAAUGUGUCCCCAAUGUGCCCUCAUUGUUUCCCCCAUUGUGUCCCCAAUAUAUCCCCAAUGUGUCCCCAGCAUUUCCUCAAUGUGUCCCCAACAUUUCCUCUGUGUGUCCCCAAUGUGUCCCCAAUACAUCCUCAAUGUGCCCUCAUUCUUUCCCCAAAGUGUCCCCAAUAUAUCCCCAAUGUGUCCCCAGCAUUUCCUCAAUGUGUCCCCAACAUUUCCCCAACACCCCCCCAAUGUGUCCCCAACAUUUCCUCUGUGUGUCCCCAACAUGUCCCCAACCCCCCCCCAAUGUGCCCCCGAUGUGUUCCUGAUGUGUCCCUGAUGGGUCCCCAAUAUGUCCCCAUGGUGUCCCCAUUGUGUCCUCUGUGUGUCCCCAACAUAUCCCCAAUGUGUCCCCAAUGUGCCCUCAUUGUUUCCCCCAUUGUGUCCCCAACAUAUCCCCAAUGUGUCCCCAAUAUAUCCCCAAUGUGUCCCCACUGUUUCCCCCAUUGUGUCCCCAGUAUAUCCCCAAUGUGUCCCCAUUGUGUCCCCAAGGUGUCCCCAGUAUAUCCCCAAUGUGUCCCCAUGUGCUCAGCCCACGCAGUCGUUCUGUUCCCAAUUAAUUUGCCCCUCAUUUGGUUCAUUUCGUGCUCUGUUAAUUACCGUGCUGGGGUCGGUCACGCAGCGUUCGGUCUCUAAUUACAGAGCUGUGCUCGUUAAA